AUGGAUAUCGAUGAGAAUGCUAAAAAUUUGAAUAUUAAUGGAUUAGAAAAUUUAACUGAGAAUAUUGGUGAAUUGUGUGAAUGUGAUGUAUUAUUAUUCAAUGUAAAAUAUAUCAAUUCUGAUGGACGUUUGCUGCGACAAGCAGUACGAGCGCAAUUUUUAUGCAUCAAUCGGACAAAUGAUGCGCUUAUUUUAGCUGAUCAAGCCAUAUCAAUUAUUGAUAAAAAUUCUUUAAAUCCAAAAGGCAUAGUACCAAAAUUAAGUGCAUUUUCAGAGCAUACAAUUGAUGUGACUAAAUUAUCUGAGACAAUACCAUAUGCACGUCUUCGUGAAGCAGCUCUCCUCUUGACAAUUUUCACAUUUUUACUCCUCUCUGUACUGAUCGUAUUCGCUAUAAUUCUAUGCUAUCAUCGUUCAAAAUUUUUACGUGAGAAGAAAAUGUAUGAAGAUGAGAAGAUAGCAGCAGGAUCAAUGAAUAAAAUUAAUCGUUACAAACAACCAUUAGCAUAUGUGAAAUCAGUUCAACAUAAUUUAAGGGAAAAAUAUCCAAAUGCAACAGAUGAGAAUAUCUACAGUACUCAAGAAAUUAAAAUGUUGGUAGGUUUAGAUGAUACAAUGAAACGGGUACGUUAUGCCAAUAAUGACUGA